AUGUCUUUUGUAAUUCGUGGUUACGACAAUUUGGACUCGAUUGCUGUUGAUCCCGUCGAUCCUUUCUCCGGCGAUCCAAUAUUUGACGAAGCCUUGGAGUUGUUGGAAUUAUUUAGACGGAAUAAUGGUUCUUCUUACAAUAAUUGGAAAACACCCGUGAAAAAUGCUUCCAAUCUUGAGCUAACCGAAAAUCCGUAUACUUCAAAUGUUGCCGUCAAUGAUGCGAACAACGAAAUUGUUAUUCACCCCAAAUGGCCUAGUAUCUCGAAGGAAACCAUUAAUAACGGCGGCGAAAAUAAAAAAGAUGGCAAGUAUGGUGCUGCCACCGAGCACAUUCGCGAAAGCCAUUAUGGUCAUUACUUGCGUUCCGCUCAACCUUCUCCUGAAGUUGGUCCCAAAAAAGCCCAAUAG